CUCUUUGCGUAACGACAUAUUUUCGAAAGUGUUUAAAGUACCAACACUAUACUUUAUUUUAACUGGAAAAAAUGAAAAUUUCUAUAAAAUGUCUACUUUUGAUUAUUGCGGUUUUCUGCUUGAAAGACGUAUCAAGCCACAGUGACAAGAAGCAGUCUGGUUCUACACUAUUCGAGAUUCUAGAUCAAUUAGAGCAAUUCCACGAAGCCAUUGGAAACGCAACGAAGAUUCUUAAAACCCAAGCCGCAGCAGUUUUCGGAGAAAAUAGAGGUUCUGCUGGUGGGUCAUCAAACGAACAUCCAGGGGCAGCAUCACACGGUGGUAAUUACGUACGUUGGGGUAAAACUGAGUGCCCAAAAAACGUAACCACUGUCUAUCCAGGUGUUGCUGGAGGGUCAUCCUUCGAACAUUCAGGGGCCGCAUCCAAUUAUUUGUGUUUACCUCUCGAUCCGGACUGGACCGACAAAAAUAAAAAUGACAACACGAAACGUUCAUUGGGUGCCCACGUACAUGGAGCAGAGUAUCAGCUUGAAGGGGGGAAUACCGGUUUCUUCGGCGAUAACAUACAGGAGACUAUAGAUGAUGUUCCCUGUGCAGUUUGUGAAACAGAGAGACCGAACGUUCUGAUGAUACCCGGGAAGACCACAUGUUAUGAAGGCUGGAGCAUUGAAUACAUAGGAUUCCUUUCCGCUGGACGUUAUGACCAUAAAGCAGCAUCGGAAUUCAUAUGUCUUGAUGAAAAUCCAGAUGCAGCAGAGGGAGAUGAUGUUAACGAGAACGGGAAACUGUUAUACCUAGCGGAAGCAAGGUGUGGUUCUUUACCAUGCCCGCCUUACAUUGAUGGAAGAGUAAUGACAUGUGUUGUCUGCUCAAAGUAAUUAUGGAAAACUAAAACAUUUUUAGAUUAAUAUCCCUAGACGCUCCACGUUCCAAAGACCUAGAACAUAAAUGUGUGAAAAAAAGCAGUUAGCAGGAUUGGAAAGAUUUUACAUAGAUGGAAUUUUCAAAACUAUCUAUUUUAUUGUAUUGGAUUUUUGAUUCCAUAGACAAUACUUCUUAUAAACAAAUCGUAUUAAUGAUACAUAUAAUUCAAAACUAUCUAUUUUAUUGUAUUGGAUUUCUGAUUCCAAAGACAAUACUUCUUAUAAACAAAUCGUAUUAAAGAUACAUAUAAUUCAAAACUAUCUAUUUUAUUGUAUUGGAUUUCUGAUUCCAUAGACAAUACUUCUUAUAAACAAAUCGUUUUAAUGAUACAUAUAAUAAAUAUCCUACUUUCGUGCGUCAA